AAUUGUUAUUGAGUGACUAAAAGUUAGCGAGGAUGGAAUCCAUUCAUCUUGUAACCGAGCUUUUACAUUUUGUGAUCCCAUACCUAAUAAAACAAGUUCAGUUGAUUAAAGGAGCCCCUGAACAAGUCCGAUCACUUCAUAGUGAGCUGCAAUUUAUUGAGAAGAGCCUCAAGCAAUACGAAUCAUAUGAUCGCAUCUUCAUGGAAGAUAACACGGUGCAAGAGUGGCUGAUCCAAAUUCGGAGUUUAGUUCCCGAGACAAAGGGCAUCUUCAACACAUAUAAAACUGCAAAACAUGUCCAAAACCAAAGGACAUGGCCCAACAGGUGGCUUAAUGCUGUUCCUCAUGUUUUAGAGCUUCGUGAUAUCGGAAAAAGAGUUGAGAAGAUGAAGAAGAAAAUUGAAGAAAUUAAUAGCUACAAAAACAAGUAUUGCCUUGAAAGCCAAGUAGCCAAGCCCAAGCGCAAUUCAGAGUGGUUGGAGAGGCAAAGGAGGGAGGUUGAGGAGGAAAACGUGGAGGGGUUCGAGGUUGCGAUUCAACAAGUGACCAGUAUGUUGCUGACUAAAGCAUUGACGCGCGAGGUUGUUUCGAUUGUUGGGACGACUGGAUCCGGCAAGACGACUCUAGCCAAAAAGAUUUAUCGGACUAUGAGCAAGCAGUUUGAACAUCCUGCAUGGGCCUUUGUGCCGAGUAUAUAUAGCAUGAGGGACCUGUUGUUGGACAUCCUUAAGGACCUGAUGCCAAUUGGGGAGGAGACGUUGAAACUGGAUGAUGUGAGGUUGGCUCAGAAGCUAAGGAAUUUCUUGCAAGGCAAGAAAUAUCUCGUUGUCAUCGAUGGUGUAGAGGAAACUCAACUAUGGGAGACUUUAAGAAAGGAAAAGGUAUUCCCUAAUGAAAAUCAUGGAAGUAGAUUGUUGUUGACUACUCGUUCAACAAGGGUGGCUUCACUAGCAAGUUCAUCACGUGAUCACGUUCAUAAAAUGGAUCCUUUGGACGAGACGUCGAGGUGGACUCUCUUGAAAACGCUGGUUUUCAAAGAUGGAAGGUGCUAUCCAGAAUUAGAGCACCUUGGGAAGCAGAUUGCCACCAAGUGUGAUGGGCUUCCACUUGCUAUUGUCUCUUUGGCUUCUUUACUGGACAGAGAUAAAAGAUAUGGGCAGUGGGUAGAUAUAAUUAGCAACGUCAGUUGGUACCUUAAUCAACAAGACAGUCCACCAUGUUUUGGAAUAUUAGAUUUGACCUAUCACACUACUAUACCAGAACACCUUAGGAAGUGCCUGCUUUAUUUGGGUGCUUACCCUAGUGGCUCUGAAAUCCUUGCAAGGCAAGUCAUCAACCUUUGGGUAGCAGAGGAACUCGUAAAGGAUGAAGGGGGAUCAAAAGCAGAGGAAAUUGCAUGGAGAUACUUGGAAGACCUAUUUAGUCAAAGCUUGAUAGAGGUUGUUAGAAAGAGAUCAGACGGUGGUAUAAGAAAAUUUCGAAUCCAUGAAAUUUGGAGGAUGUUCUGCGUUUUAAAAAGUGAACGCACCGGGUUUCUUCAAGUUCACACCAAGUUCGUAUCACAUUCAAGCAAUAACACGCCAUGGAGGCUUUCCAUCCAUCACGAGUUGAGGUGCAUUUUGUCUAAUAAUCAGGAUUAUUUACCAGACAUAUGCACUUUGCUUUGUUUUCACGACAGGGAUAGCCAUGAUUCGAAAGGAUCUAAAUUGGAUUUCGAUCGUUCCCCAUGUCUGACCGUGUUGGAUUUAGGGUCUACGCGUGUUUCCAAGGUUGAUGAAAAUAUAAAGCGUUCACGUCUUUUGAAGUAUUUGAAGCUCAAUCAUCCUUCCUUGAGCCGUCUUCCUCGUACCUUGUUUAGUCUCCCUAAUCUACAGACACUUGAUAUUAAAAACACUUGUGUCAUGUUUCCAUACUUGCCUAGUGGGAUUUGGGGAAUGCAAGACUUAAGGCAUCUUUUGUUGCCUCCUUACACAAUGUUGCCUAAACGUUCUGAUCAAUCUCGAAAAUGUUUAUGGCAUCUCCAAACUCUUUCAACAAUAACUCCUGAUGGAAACACGGCAGCUCUCAUCUUUCAUUCCAGGUUUCCAAGCUUGAUUAAGUUGUCAUUAAAUAGCCAAGAAAUGGAGAACACAAAGAGAUGCUUGGAAAGGCUCUACAAGUUGGGUUGUCUUCAGAAACUAAAGAUUAUCAACCGUGCUGUGUUUCCAGUACCAAGGACAUUCCCAACAAGUCUCGUUAAGGUAAGCUUGGUAAAAACCGACCUAGCUGCUGACGAUGUAAUGAGAAUGUUGGAGUAUUUGGAUCACCUUCAGGUGUUGAAACUGCUUAAAAGGUCUAUUAGGGGACCCGAGCUGGAAAUGAAACCCAACUCAUUUCCUCAACUCAGAUUCCUCUUCAUGGAAGAAAUACUUGUUAAAACAUGGAGGAUGGGUGAUGGAGCCAUGGGCAGCCUUGAAGAGUUGACCAUCACUCGUUGCCAUGAACUAGAAUCACUUCCAAAGCAGCUUAGGCAUCUCCACAACAUACGCCACGUAAAGGUGAAUUCUCCCUCUCAUUGCUUGAGACGAGAGCUUGAGCAAUUAAAUGUGCAACAAUGUGAAGUCCAAAUACAUUUUUGAUGACAAGAAGAGUGGCUUCUUUAUUGAAGACAGCUAAACAGUGAAAUUAAUCUUUUUUUUUCUAAUUUUCUUUUUUAUUUUGAUGUUAGAUCCUGAUAUAUAUUUCUUGGGUUUCUAAA